GUCUGCAGGAAGCUUACUCCAUUUAGUUACCGGAUAUACCCAGAGCAGGAAGGGCCUGUGCAAACAUUGCACACUGACGGGAGGCUUGAGACUGCCGCUGGAAACAGCCAGCAUUUGCGUAUUUGUGGAAACUGUGCUGCGUGAUGGACACUGGGUUUGGUGAAACAAUGCAGUGACCGACAAUGGAGCCCGUGUCACCGUGCUGGGUGGGCAGUGUGUUUCUUUUCAUCUAUUCCGACAAGGUUGAUCUGUCAAACCUUUACCAGGAUCCACAGAUGCAGUUAAAGAUUUAUAAAGCGCUGAAGCUAUCUCUUGCAGAUGCCACUGGCAGUAGUGGAGGUUAUGAAAUCCUGAAAGUUUACAGAAGUGCUUUUGGACUUCAGCUGAAAUUUACAGAGGAAGUAAAAUGCAGGAAGUUUCUGCACAGUUACGAAAGAGGCAGUCUCAAAAACGCUCUAGUGCAUCAUUUUCAAAGACAGUCUAUCCCCAGCACGGCCUUUACAAUGGAGCUGAAGGCUGGCCCGGUGACAUUAGAUGAUAUCCUGAAUAAGCCAGAAUCCUGCAUAAAACACAUCAAGGCAAAUGAGCCCAACCAUCUCCGAGAUGAUGAUAUUAGCAGACUGGAAGCAGGCAUCAGGCAGAUGGUGCUUGAAUGUGGACCUAUCUGUCAAGAUUCUAACGUACAGCGUGAGAAAGCUUCGGAAAUAUACUCGGUACCCGAAUCUCUGUCUCCAUCCUCUCCACCUUCAGUAUCAUCUCUGAUGACCAACCAGCUAAAUGGGAACUCAUUGCCCUCAGCAAGCACUUUUGAAUUCCAAGGGGUUUUCUUUGAUGAUCGUGUAUUGAACGGGCAGGAUCACGGUAACUUUGCCAAGUUGGUGGGCAGGAACUGGAAGCAGGUUGGCCGCGUCUUACAGAAAACUUGCCGAGGUCUUCGCGAUCCCGCCAUCGACAACAUUGCCUUUGAGUACGAGCGGGAAGGAUUAUAUGAACAGGCGUACCAAAUGCUGCUCAAGUUCAUUCAGUGUGAAGGGAAGAAGGCGACAAUGAGUCGACUGAUCAGGGCUUUGGAGGAAAGUGAACUGGUUGGGAUUGCUGAUCAGUUGUUGAACAAUAAUUAAAUUGGAAGUGUUGCACGGUACAAUUUUCAAUGGCGAUGCGUAAAACUGAAAGUCGGUUGUGUCUCUGCAAAAGGUUUUAUCCCUUGUGCCAAAGUUAAUCAUUUUGUGUAAAGUCUGUUCAAGUCUCAUCUAUAACUGAGGGUGUUGUAUUGGUGGCAGUCUGUUUCCUUUUGUAUUCAAAGGUUCUGAACAAUCACUGAAUCUAGCUCUCACUUCCACAAAUGUGAGGUAUUUUAGUUACUAUUCCAGUACUUUCUGCAUUGAUGUUGCAAACCAAGGUAUGCGUGUGUUGUUGAAUUUAAGGGGAAGAGCAAAUAUAUUUCAAGUAGGUAGAUCUUUCUAAAUAUAUCUUUUACACCAGUGACAGAGAAAGGCUGCAAUCUUGCAGCGUAUAUUUUUCUGCUUUUUGUUUGCCUGUGAACAAAUUCUGAUCUGCAUUUGAUUUUUGUUGAGGUUGCUCAUCGUGAAGGGAAGAUCUCUCUGUUGCCCGGCCCUGAGCCACCAGCAGGAAGACUGUCUAUCUAAUUCCUGGUAGACCCUGGCCUACAGCACAAUGCUGCCCUACAUAAGGCAUUAAUUAGCCUAAUUAGACUGGUGGCACUUGGACAGCACAAAAUCUGCGGUAAAUGGAUCAGAUUUUGUAGUCAAGGGAUGCACAGUAGGGACUGGCAUGUUGGGAGGGGGUGUUUUGGAGGGGUGGGGCAGCACUGGCAGGCAUUCCUUGCAUCCAUCUGCUCUGGUACUUUCCUGGAAAUGACAGGAACUGUUGGCCUGAAGUGAAACUAAUUCCAUUCCACAGUUCUUGCAAUCCCUGGCAUCAGAACGCAGAGACAUGACGACAGAGAAAUCUGUGGAAGUUAGAAUCCGUGUUGGAAAAAUCUUAAAUCUGGUUGAUCACAGUUAGUCUACUUUCUUGCCCUUAAACAGGCUCAAGGUUGCCCAGGGUUACCAGUGAGAUGGGAGAGUUGGGAAUUAAUAAUAACGAAAAUAAAAAUCUAAACUCGGCCUGAAAAUGUCAUUCCUUCUCCUAUUGUAACCUGGCUGCAGCCUUUCAGUUUAGAACUUGCCCAAAACCAUUUAAAAAAUGAUGGGCUUGAUAUUUAUGUUUUCCUAUGCAUUCCCUGGCAUGCAGGAAAAUGAGGAGAGCUUUGAUAGAGGUGUACAAAAUUAUGAGGGGCAUGGAUAGGGUACAUGCAAGCAGGCUUUUUCCACUGAAUUUGGGUGAGACUAGAACUGGAGGUCAUAGUUUGAGGGUGAAAGGUGAAAUGUUUAAGGGGUUCUUCACUCAGGACGGUGAGAGUGUGGAGCGAUCUGCCAGCAGAAGUGGUGGAUGCGGGUUCGAUUUCAACACUGAAGAGAAGUUUGGAUAAGCACAUGGAUGGGAGGGGUACAGAUGGCUAUGGUCCCAGUGCAGGUCGCUUCGCACGGACUAGAUGGGCCAAAGGGCCUAUUUCUGUGCUGUGGUGCUCUAUGACUCAAUGAAUACAAUACCUGGAGUAAGAACAGAAUUUGAUGUUACAGGCACCAUAGUUCAUCGGCAUCAGGAAAGAAUUCCUAAAUGACCUUGCAUAGAGGCAGUGAAAAUAAGGACCUAAUGAAUCUUGAAGAACUCUUGGCCUUCAGUGAAGCAGGGUGACAAGCAUCCUGUACUUGGUGUUAGUGACUCUUGACAGCAGUUGCAGCUGCCGUGUGCUGUUGUUUGAGAACCCCAGGGGUUGCAGCUCUUUUAAUGAGUGAUACGGUUUGCUGGGAGAGCGAAUGCAGCUGUACAGAGGAAAGCAUAUCCUAGAGAAUAUGCCGAUACUGUCCCUGCUGUAAUCCCUAGGCCAGGGGACGCCAAGGCAGUCUGCUGUGCAUUGCAUGAUAGCUAGAACUCUGGAGGUAGCUAUUUUAAUUUCCUUUCACCCUUUUCUGCAGAAGUUAGCUCAAACACUGAAACUUUGGUGGCUUAGUUGUAACACAGUGGCUCUGCAGGAAGAGUGUACGGGGGCAGAUCCCUUUGCAAAGACCAGGUUGUGUUCUGCGGAAAUAUUCAGGAUUUAAGUUCAUACGUCAGAGAGUGAAAUGUGUUGCAUGCUGGGGACAGCCCGCCAGUGUCGCAACAUUCAUCUGUCACAAGUGCUGUGUUUGGGGUAGCGUUGUUUGGUCUCGGUUAAAUGCGAAAGAGCUUACUGCGCUGCUCAAAGCAGAGUGGAGUCCUUCUGGUCUCUUGGCAAUGCAAUAGACAAUAAACAAUAGGUGCAGAUGUAGGCCGUUCGGCCCUUCAAGCCAGCACCACCAUUCAACGUGAUCAUGGCUGAUCAUCCACAAUCUGUACCCGUUCCUGCCUUCUCCCCAUAUCCCUUGACUCCACUAUCUUUAAGAGCUCUAUCUAACUCUUUCUUGAAAGUAUCCAGAGAAUUGGCCUCCACUGCCUUCUGAGGCAGAGCAUUCCAUAUAUCCACAACUCUCUGGGUGAAAAAGUUUUUCCUGAACUCUGUUCUAAAUGGCCUACCCCUUAUUCUUAAACUGUGGCCUCUGGUUCUGGACUUCCCCAACAUCAGAAACAUGUUUCCUGCCUCUAAUGUGUCCGAUCCCUUAAUAAUCUUAUGUUUCAAUCAGAUCCCCUCUCAUCCUUCUAAAUUUCUGUGUAUUCCUACCUACCAGCAGCCGCCAUUUCCGAAAACAGAUACACCCAACAUUUAUCAUAUUUUUGUUUUGUAGAAUCUUACCAUGCUCACCUUGGCUGCUGUUGCCUUCUACAAAGUGGUACUAUAUUCCAGUGAGAUAGGAGGGCUUCCAAAUGCAGAAGCCCGGGAAGGGAAGAGAGAAAAGGUACUGAGUUGUGGAAGGAGCAAGUUGAGGUCAACAAGUGAUUGCGGUGAACUGUAAUGAAGAUCGAGCAGUGGAAGGUGCCGACUCUGCCACUUAUCCACAAAAACUUGCAGUAACUCUCCUGUUAAUCCUAAAUAUGAGCUAGUCUGCAGAUGCUAGAAAUCCAAAGUAACACGCACAAAUUGCUGGAGGAGCUCAGCAGGUCAGGUAGCAUCUAUGCUGCAGAAGAGAUUUACCAGGAUGUUGCCUGGUUUGGAGAACAAGUCAUAUGAAGCAAGGUUAGCAGAGCUGGGACUUUUCUCUUUGGAGCAUAGAAGAAUGAGAGGGGACUUGAUAGAGGUCUACAAGAUUAUGAGAGGCAUAGAUAGGGUGGAUAGUCAGUACCUGUUUCCCAGGGCACCAAUGGCAAACACCAGAAGGCAUAUGUACAAAU